AUGGGGGAGCUGAAGCCAUCGUGCAUGAAGGGGGGAGGGAAUGGCUCCAUGGAGUUGUGCGAGGGUUGCGGACAGAAGAUCUCGGAUCGUUGGGUGAUGAGAGUCGGAGACACCUCGUGGCACGAAGCCUGCCUCCUUUGCUGCGAAUGUAGGGGGCCCUUGUCUCAUUCCUGCUUCAUCCGCGACGGGAAACUCUACUGCAAACUAGACUACGAUAGGAUUUUCGUCGUGAAGUGUGCUGGCUGUGCCCAGCGGGUCAUGCCCCAAGAGUUGGUGAUGAGAGCGCAAACGAUGGUUUUCCAUCUCCCUUGCUUCGUUUGUGUCGCUUGUUGCACUCAACUCCAGAAGGGCGAUCAGUUUGUCAUCCAUGCUGGACAAGUCCUUUGUCGGGCUGAUUUCGAGAAGCAAUUCUUCAUGUUCCCCCAGUCUGGGAUACCUGGUAUGGAACCCCUCGGCUGGUCGAAUCUCCCCACCAGGAAGUGGGAUCGAAUCCACGAAUCCCUUGCUUGCAUUGUUGCAGGGGAAAUGCUGAGCGGAGAGGAAGGGGGAAGGCCGACUAGGGACGGGAGAAGAGGUCCAGGGAAAAGGCCGCGAACGAUCCUCACGUCGUCUCAGCGACGUCAGUUCAAGGCGUCCUUCGAGAUCAGUCCUAAACCUUGCCGAAAGGUGCGACCGAGGCCAAAGAAAGAACCACUCCAAUGGACGGACGAAGGAGGAGUGCGGGAAGCCCUGGCGAAGGAGACUGGCCUCAGCGUAAGGGUCGUGCAGGUGUGGUUCCAAAAUCAACGAGCGAAGAUGAAGAAAUUGGAAAAGAAACAGAAGGAAAAGGAAGGGAAGGAAGACAAGGAUGAGAAGGAAACCAAGAAGGGGAAGAAGUCCCGCAAAGAACCUCAGACUGACGACGAAUCUGACAACAAUGGGGAGACAAAGAUGGGCGCCACGGGUGGUCGAGGGAUUCGUGGGGACCAACCGCAUUACUUGUCUAUGACUUCUUCCAUCCUGGAUUCCGGAUACCCAACUUCCCUCUACGCUCCCAAUCUCCCUUACUCCCCUGAAGGCGAGCGCUAUCCAGGACACUCCGGGGAAAGUUUCUGUGGUUCCGAGCUGUCUUUGGACGAGAGCAGUGGGUUCGAUCAGUUAGAGGAAGGUAUCGAUGGGAGCAGUGGGAGCGGGCCAGUGCACGACGUAGGCCCUGGUGGCAUGGGGCCACCGAUCCCCUAUCAUCACACCAAUCCCAUCGACAAACUUUAUAUGAUGCAGAACUCAUACUUCAGUUCGACGGAGCAAUGACGUCCUCACGAGGCACGAGUCCAGCAUCUUCCCUCCUCUCCAAAACUGUCCACUCACAUUUUGCGCUUAUAUACGUGAGAGCCCCCGGGGAUCUUGCCAGCAUUAUUAAUUGAUAAUAAUUAUUAUUCCUGAAUGUCUUGAAUUUAUAUGGAC